AAAAGGUAUUUGGGAGAGUUGUAUGAGGAGGGGAAGGUUGUACAUACAUGCAAAAUAACUGUAGUACACUCCGUUCUAAGUUUUAAAAAAAUCCCUUCUCCCCCCAUGAGUGAAAAAGUUCUGAAGUUGUAGAUGGCAAAUUCUUGUAUAAAUAUUAAAUUUGCACAGACAUUCAGGUUAUGAUACCACUUCCGUUAAUAGUUUGCAAAUUUCAUCCACCGCGCCGUUUUAGAAUUAAUGCGCCUAAGUUUAACAUUUUUACGCCUAAGGUUAAAUGAAACGCGCACUAUUUAUGUACAGAAUAUUCAUCUGAAUGCUGCAGUUUGUCUUCCCUCAGAAGUUUAUUCCUGACACGUUUUCUGCUCGUUUAUAACCACUUGUGUUGGUUAUGGAUCUUGAAGGCUCUGACAGCUCACAAUCUGGAAAAAAUAAGCUGACAAACAGUGGCACAGAAAAUGACUCGUCAAAUAAGGAGAUAUCAGAUAAAGAUGUCAGAUCAAAGAGUGCGAAGAAAAGAAAUCGGAGGAAGAAAAAUUCCAUAAUUACUACCGAAUCAGAAGCUGAUAAAAAGGCGUAUGACUCUGCUAUAGAAGAAGAAAUUCAGGCAGGAUGUAAUAUCUCUCUCCAGGAUAUUCGCAAAGCAAUGGAAGUGCUGUCUUUCCAACAAAAGCCAGCUAAAACUACUGAAGAAGCAUUACAAAAACAGUAUCAGUUUUGGAACACACAGCCAGUCCCAAAAAUGGAUGAAAAAAUUACUUGCAAUGAGCCAAUCGAACCAGAUAAAAGUAAAUCGGAAAUCCGUCAAGUUCCCUAUUCCCUUCCAGAUGGUUUUAAAUGGGAUACCCUGAAUCUGAAUGAACCAUUGGUCUUAAAGGAGCUGUAUAUGCUUCUUAAUGAAAACUAUGUAGAAGAUGAUGAUUCAAUGUUUAGAUUUGAUUAUCCUCCAGAAUUUUUGAAAUGGGCGCUACAACCUCCUGGGUGGAAAAGAGAGUGGCACUGUGGUGUCCGUGUAAUUAAGAGCAAUCGUUUAGUAGGUUUUAUAAGUGCAAUUCCUGCUAUGCUGAGGCUAUAUAAUGAACAGCGGAAAAUGGUUGAGAUAAACUUCCUAUGUGUACAUAAAAAGCUGAGAUCAAAAAGAGUUGCACCAGUUCUAAUUCGUGAAAUAACACGUCGUGUGAACCUGUGUGGAAUUUUUCAAGCUGUAUAUACUGCAGGUGUUGUUUUGCCCAAACCUGUUGGAACAUGCAGAUACUGGCAUCGUUCACUCAAUCCUAAAAAGCUCAUUGAAGUGAAAUUCUCACAUUUAAGUAGAAAUAUGACAAUGCAGAGAACACUGAAGCUUUACAAACUCCCAGAUACAACUAAAACACCAGGUUUCAGGAAAAUGACAGCUGCAGACUUACCACAAGCUCAUGUCUUAGUUAAUGAGUACCUAAAAAGAUUUGACCUGGCACCAGUUUUCUCAGAGGAAGAUUUUCGCCAUUGGUUUCUACCCCAGCCUGGCAUAAUUGACAGUUUCGUAGUGGAAGAAAACAAUAAAAUAACAGAUUUUGUUAGCUUUUACACACUGCCAUCUACAGUGAUGCAUCAUCCAUUGCACAAAACUUUGAAAGCUGCAUAUUCUUUUUACAAUGUUUCUACCAAGACUCCGUGGGUAGAGUUAAUGGGAGAUGCUCUGGUCUCAGCAAAGAAUGGGGGUUUUGAUGUCUUCAAUGCUCUAAAUUUAAUGGAAAACAAGGAAUUCCUGGAAGCUCUGAAGUUUGGAAUUGGGGAUGGAAACCUACAAUAUUAUUUGUACAAUUGGCGCUGUCCACCAAUGGAACCAAACAAGAUUGGUUUAGUGUUACAAUAGUUAAGAAGUGCAAUCAGCAGCUUGGCAGAGACAGAUCAGACUGCAGUCAUGCUACCAGGAGUCUGAAAUGUCUAUCUUAUGGCAUAAGAAAUUUUAUAAUGGUGAUAAAUAUCUAUUUUUCUGAUCUUUCGAGUCAUUUGCUGAUAUAACUUAAAGGACAAUACAGGCAUAUAAUUUUUAAUUUAUGUUUCUUCAUGCAUAGAGUACAAAGGUCAAUAUUCAUUAAAUCACUCAUUCUUUCAUUAUAUUGUGAUUGCUUUAUGCAUAAGCUGAGUGAAAUAGCGUAAGCUGUGAUGAAUCUUCUGAUGCACUGCCAUUAGUGCAUAUUUGUGAACAAAAAAAGUAAAUGGCAGUCCACAAAAGUCCUAUAUUAGCUAUUAAGACUGUUAUUAAGCUGUGGCACUUCAGUAUUUUGCAGAGAGCUUAGCAUGUCUGUCUGAUGAUUUUCAUUUUUUGAAAGCUGUAAACCAAUAGAGUGGAAAUGAUUUAUUGUCGUGGAGAGAAUUGUAUAGUUCCAGAAAUGUAAUUAUUAAUCCAGCCAGUUGUUGACUGCAUUAGUAGUAACGGGUAAAGAAUUCUAAGCUUUGUAUUCACAGGUUCUAAUGUGGUAUACAAUACAAAAUAUGAUAAUUUGGAAUGCGUGACCUGUUUGCUAUUGACACUUCAAAAUUAUUGUUGAAAUGGGCGUGGUAGAUAGUUAAAUAAUUUACUUGUUAUUUGUUACUAUAUAAAAUAUCUUAAAUGUUUCAUGUGUGAGUUGAGUUUGCUCAUCUACCUACACUUUUCCAGAUUUCUCAAUCACUUCUUGUAAUGUUAUCAUUCUCAUACAGAAAAUUGUUUCUGAAUUGCUUCAGUAAUAUUAGCUUAUUUACUUAUCACCAUUCUUUAAGUGAACUUUCAGCUUUUAACAGUUGACCAUUUGUACGGUGCUAAAAUGUACGUGAAGAGUUUCAGGAUUUGUCAAUUGUGCACUAUCAAAAAUUAAGCAUAAAUGUUUGUAAAUCUCCAAGAAAUUUUUGACUGUUAUAACUAGGGCUUAACAUUUCAUUAUAAACAUUAAUUAUGAAAUCUGAAUGAUUAUCAAAAUCAGAGUGUCAUAAAAAUAAAGAUGAUAGAAUUUUGGCCAUAAAGAGAGAAUAUGGUGGCAGAGCUAACAGGAACUCUAAGAAGUUAGUUUUGAAUCAAUUGCCCAUGUAUGCGCGGGUGUGUGAGAGCAUGCGCGGGCGCAUGCGUUUACAUCAAUUAAAAGUUUAUAUACUGUUCAUAGAACAGUGGCCAGCUAGAGUUGCGUGUUUUAUCUUGAUGGUGUGUGUUUCGUAAG